GAGCCAUGAAGCUUCACACUGCUGCCGGCAACCUUCUACUGCUCCUCCUGCUCCUGGAGCUGGUCUCUCCAGGUCAGGGCAAUCGGCUGCCAUACUUCAUCAACUACUUCUUUGACACCUACCUGCUGAUCAACGAGGACACACCUGUGGGUUCCUCAGUGACUCAGCUGCUGGCCCGGGACCUGGACGAUGAUCCGCUGGUGUACGGCGUGGUCGGGGAGGAGGCCAGCAGGUACUUCGCCGUGGAGAGCCUCACUGGUGUGGUGUGGCUCAGGCAGCCCUUGGACAGAGAGACUAAGUCAGAAUUCACGGUUGAAUUUUCUGUCAGUGACAACCAAGGGGUGAUCAAAGGGACAGUGAACAUCCAAGUUGGAGAUGUGAAUGACAAUGCUCCACAGUUCCACAACCAGCCCUACAGCGUCCGCAUCCCUGAGAACACACCGGUGGGCACUCCUAUCUUCAUUGUGAACGCCACGGACCCGGACCUGGGCGCGGGGGGCAGUGUGCUCUACUCCUUCCAGCCGCCGUCCGAAUUCUUUGCCAUCGACAGCGGCCGAGGCAUCGUCACAGUGAUCCAGGAGCUGGACUACGAGGUCACCCAGGCCUACCAGCUCCAGGUGAACGCCACGGACCAAGAUAAACACAAGCCACUGUCUACCCUGGCCAACCUGGCAAUCAUCAUCACAGACGUGCAGGACAUGGACCCCAUCUUCAUCAACCUGCCCUAUAGCACAAACAUCUAUGAGAACUCACCUCCGGGUACCACCGUGCGGGUAAUAACGGCAGUUGACCAGGACAAGGGCCGUCCCCGAGGCAUUGGCUACACCAUCGUCUCAGGUAACACCAAUAGCAUCUUUGCGCUGGACUACAUCAGUGGAGCCUUAACCCUGAAUGGGCCCCUGGACCGGGAAAACCCCUUGUAUAGCAAUGGAUUUAUCCUCACAGUGAAGGGGACAGAGCUGAAUGACGACCGCACACCCUCCGAUGCCACUGUCACCACCACCUUCACUAUCCUUGUCAUCGACGUCAACGACAACGCGCCCGAGUUCAACAGCUCGGAGUACAGUGUGACCAUCACAGAGCUGGCCCAGGUGGGCUUUGCCCUUCCCCUCUUCAUCCAGGUGCAGGACAAAGAUGAGGGACCCAACAGUGUUUUCGAGGUUUACCUGGUGGGCAACAACUCCAACCACUUCAUCAUCUCACCGACCUCUGUCCAGGGGAAGGCAGACAUCCGUGUCCGCGUGGCAGUGCCACUGGACUUUGAGACCAUUCCUCGCUACGAAUUUUCGCUCUUUGCAAACGAGAGUGUCCCAGACCAUGUGGGCUUUGCACGUGUGAAGAUUAACCUCAUCAACGAGAAUGACAACCGCCCCAUUUUCAGCAAGGUCCUGUACAAUGUCAGCCUCUUCGAGAACACCACCGUGGGUACCACUGUCCUUCAGGUCCAUGUGAGUAUGAGCAUCCUGGUUCUCUUUGCCAAGUCCCUGGCAGUGUGUGGCUCCAUGGGAGUCCAAGGGAUGGACUUGGGAGCCUG